AUGGAGCGUGACGAGACAGGAUGCCAGCCUCCUCCCGAAUGCCCUGUUUUAUGUGUCAACAAUUGUGGCUUCUUCGGAAGCCCGGCUAACAUGAACAUGUGCUCAAAAUGCUACAAAGACCUUAUAUUAAAACAAGAACAAGCCAAACUGGCCGCCUCAUCAAUAGAGGUUCUCGUUAAUGGGCCUAUCGAGCCUGAAUCUGUUGUUGUUCUCGAUAAAAGUGCACAAGUGGACUCAUUACUAUCUUCGCCUUCAGUUAAUAAUGCCUCCAGCUCAGCCAAUCCUGGUGAGCUUAUUAAGGCGGCUCACGGCCCUAAUAAGUGCACAUCUUGCAAGAAACGAGUCGGUUUGACCGGUUUCAAAUGCCGAUGUGGGAAUCUCUUCUGCGGAUCACAUCGCUAUUCGGAUAAGCAUGACUGCCCUUUUGACUACCGUACAGCUGGCAGGGAUGCAAUUGCCCGAGCAAACCCUGUUGUCAUGGCAGAAAAGCUCGAUAAGAUUUAG